AUGAAUGAUGAUGAUGAGAGUGAUAUCGAUCCUCUCUCACUUCUUCGACCUGGACGGGGUGUAAUCUACCCACAAACCAAAGUUCUGGUUCUUUGGAAAGAUGGCACGAAGACCCUUAAGGGAAGAGCCUUCGUUCGUCGUAUUCUCCAAAAAGGCGACUACGCAAUUUAUCAAAAGGCCGAGGAAAUGGAGAAUGAUUACCGGGAGCUAAAUGGUGACUUUAAUGAACAAGUGGUCAGUGAAGGAGAUGAGAACAGUGAGAGUAGCAAUACUAGCAACAACGAGAACAGUGGUAGCAAUGACAGCGACGCUGAUAGCGGUGCUGAUAGCGACACUGAGGAGAAGAGAGACUAUUAUAGAAAGAAGAAACACAAUUCAUCGGAUGAGCGGCCUCGACGCCAUGGUUACAAGAAGGAAAAGCCCAAGAAGACAUACAGCGAGCCACCUCCAAGCCAUCAUCGUACGAGGGAAAGAUCCCAGAGAACGUAUAGCGAGCCCCUUCCGAGCCGUCGUUCGAGCCAGGAAACCAAGGAUCAGAUUCUCAUGCUUAAGCAACAACUCAAAAAGCUCAAGAAUAAGGGGAAAGCUCCAAGACAAAAGAAAAGGCAGGCAGCAGGCCAUGGUGAUAGACACUAG